AUGGCUCCUGGGACAACUUCAUCCAUGUUCCCAUCACUGCUGCCGCUGCUCUGUCUGAUGGCUAUAGUGAGGACAGGAAUAGCAUUCCCACAAAAUCCAGGAUGCCCAACUACCGAGGACAAGAAUUUUCCUCAGCAUGUGAAGGUCAACUUGAAUAUUCUUAACGGGAAUAAAAGUUCCAGAAGGCCCUUGGAUUACUACCGCCGAUCCACUUCACCAUGGAGCCUGCACCGGAAUGAGGACCCUGAGAGAUACCCUUCUGUGAUCUGGGAGGCCAAGUGCCUCCACUGGGGCUGUGUCAAUACUGAAGGGAAGGAAGACCACCACAUGAACUCCGUCCCCAUCCAGCAGGAGAUCUUGGUUCUGCGAAGGGAGUCUCGGCACUGUCCCCACUCCUUCCGGCUGCAGAAGAUGCUGGUGACUGUGGGCUGCACCUGUGUCACCCCCAUUGUUCGCCACGUGGUAUAA